UGCACUUCCGGUUUGUAAUGAAGGUUUCUCCUUGAAUUUGCGACCCGGCUUCCGUCAGGUUUCCAAGAUGGCGGACACGGCCAGUCAGCUGCUACUGGGCUCCGGCCUGACCGUCGUGUCCCACCCGUUAAUGUACGUGAAGAUGUUAGUGCAGGUUGGACAUGAACCAAUGCCACCUACAUUAGGAAGAAACCUUUUUGGACGUCAGGUGUACCAGCUGCCUGGAUUUUUUGCAUAUGCUAAACACAUCAUUAGUAUUGAUGGCAAGACAGGACUCUUCAAGGGCUUGACUCCCCGACUGUGCGCUGGUGCAGUGGGCACUGUGGUACACAGCAAAGUUUUGCAGUGCUAUCAAAACCAGAACCAGAUGGAGGAGACCACAUGUAGACAAAAAGAAAACCCCUCCCUUGAUUUUGUUAUCAAAGAGACGACUCAGGAGAUGGUUGCCCGUUCAGCUGCUACACUCAUCACCCACCCCUUCCAUGUAAUCACGCUACGGUGUAUGGUCCAAUUCAUUGGGAGAGAGACUAAAUAUGACGGAAUCUUUGGGUCCAUUGUGACGAUAUACAGAGAGGAAGGAGUAUUGGGAUUUUUUGCUGGUUUGAUUCCAAGGCUGCUUGGAGAUGUGCUCUCCCUUUGGAUCUGUAACAUGGUGGCUUUCUUCAUCAAUAAAUAUGCUCUAGAAAAUGAGGCAAUGGGUGAGAUGAAAAGCUACUCUCAAGCUGUCACUGGGUUCUUGGCCAGUAUGUUGACAUAUCCAUUUGUCCUAGUGUCAAACCUAAUGGCUGUGAAUAACUGUGGGCUGGCUGGUGGUAGCCUUCCCUAUGCCCCUGCAUACUCUUCUUGGACAGACUGCUGGAGGCAACUCAGCAAAGAGGGAAACUCAAAUCGGGGAAAUAGCCUAUUUUUCCGCAAGGUUCCUGCUGGAAAGAGCUACGUCUAUGAACAGAAGAGAUUUUAUUAAAGUGAACUGCAUCUGGAUCCCAGCCUACAUCUGCCGCUUUUCACACUUCAGGGGGGGAAAUGGGGAGAGUUUAAUUUGUACACAUUUUGUUUACAAUUAUAUAUGAUUUUCCUUUUUAAUAAACAUUCAUUAUUGACAACUUAA